UCAUACGGUUAAGGCUAUAGUAAUAGCAAUUUUUUGUAAGCUUGCUAGAAGCUCUUUGUAUAAAGGAAUAUUAUUGGCGAACCAACUUGUAAAGCAAAAUAAUUCCCAGGUUAAAAUUUCUCGUAAUAAUCGCUCUAUUUUUGUUUGGGAUACUGAACAACUAUCUAUUUUACCUAAUCAUGAACUUAUCGAAGAUGCAUGUCAAGAUCGAAAUCCU